AUGCAUGAAGACUCUAUCCAGAAGGCAUCCAGCGUUGAGGUUGCAGAGCGAAGGAAAGGUAGUUUUCUCAGACCCAUCACCACACGGGGCGAUAGCUUCCCCGAUGAACGAGAUGGAAACAGAAAAUUGGACGACAUCGCCAGACCAGGACUCGGGUUAACCAGGCUGUCGUCUUCCCGUACACCAUUAUCUAGAGGCUCUUCCUAUCAACCAGACUGGGCCCAUGACGCAGAAGAUAUGUCUGCAUCAACAGUGCCCGUACAGGAGCUUGGAUCACCGGAGGAUUUCAAAGAUAUGUUGAGAAUGGGUAGGACCCAGGAAAUGAGGAGAGUGUUCAAACAGUUUUCUCUGAUAUCUUUCGGGUGCCUGUCGCAAUGCACAUGGGAAUUCAUCUUACUUAACAACAAUCAAACACUCGAAGCGGGCGGAUGUGCUUUACUUUUCUGGUCUUAUGUGUGGUCUUUUGUGGGCUCUAUGUUCAUUACGGCGUCGCUGGCAGAAAUGGCUUCGAUGACACCGAGCUCAGCGGGUCAACAUUUUUGGGUUUCAGAAUUCGCCAGUCAACGAUGGCAGCAGUCUCUGUCCUAUGUCACGGCGUGGUCGACACUCCUUGGUUGGCAAUGCGGAAAUGCCUCAGGACUCUUCCUGACAGGCUCGCUCAUCCAGUCCAUGAUAACGAUCUAUCGUCCUGCGAACGGUGAUUUGACGUGGCAGACAAUUGUAUUUAUGCUUCCAUGUCUCGGUCUGGUCGUCUUAGUCAAUAUAUAUGGAUCGCGCACGAUCGCCACGUUGCAGAAUGUUUGUAUGUCAUUACACAUUCUUGCUCUGAUUGCAAUCGUUGCCAUUUUGGGAGUACUAUCGCCGCAUAUUCCAUCAAAGAGGGCUUUCUUGCAGAUUGAGAACACAGAGUGGCCUUCUACAGCUCUUGCAGUACUUGCUGGUCAGACAAAUGCAAACUAUAGCUUGUUUUACGUUGAUGCCCCAAUUCGGCUUUCUGAGGAGGCUCAAGAUGCUGCGGUAGCCGUACCAAGGGCAGCAAUGCGCAGUCAAUUGAUCAGCGGAUUUUGUGGACUUCUCGCUGUCGCAAUAUUUGCUUUCUGCAUUCCAAGUGUUAAAGAAGCCCUAAAUCAUCCAACUGGCUACUCACUGCUUUACAUUCUCCAGUUGUCCGUUCCAAACGGCGUUAUAAUAUGUGUUCUUCUGGCGUUCAUUGUUCUCUUGGGGGCAAGCAACAUUGGCUUUUCAGCCGCCACUGCAAGAAUCACCUAUGCUUUUGCAAGAGACCAAGGACUUCCGUUCUCUCAGUGGAUCAGCAAGGUUCACAAAGGACGGCUCACUCCAAUCAAUGCUGUGUUUUUGACGGCAGUAUUUAGUGCGUUAUUGUCACUGAUAAAUCUUGGGUCUCAGACUGCCUUCUACGGGAUCGUGGGGCUUGCUCAAGCCACUCAAGCCAUGUCAUACUUUCUAGCCAUCUCGAGCGUAUUGUACCGUCGCAUGAGAUCGCCACAGAGCAUGCCAAAAGCGCGAUGGGGCCUCGGACCUACUUGGGGUCCGGUCAACAACGUUCUUGCCUUUAUAUUCUCGAUAAACUGCUUCAUCUGCUCGUUUGCUCCGCCGAGUCUGCCAGUAUCUUCGACGAAUUUCAACGUGGCAGCCGCGCUUUUCGUAGGUGCGGUAAUUCUGAUGAUGAUAACGUAUUAUUUCAGAAAGAAAGAAUAUGUGGGACCAGUAGCACGUACAAGAGACACUCCAAGCUGGAACCUGAGUCAGCUAGGUACAGGUCAGAACGUUCAAUUCUUGACGAUACCGGAGGAGUUCUGA